ACAGGCAAAAUAUGCGCUACCCCCACAAUCCACAUCGCGUUCUUGAUUUUUUUUCCCCCAAUUCCCUUGCGUACACGCCCAAACAAGUCAGGAAUAGUAAAGCCGGAGCAGAAAACGCGGGCAGGAAAAGGAGCUAGUAUGUGAUGACGAGUUCGUCUUCAUCGCUUCCGGUGUCGGCUCAUCCGUCCGAGGAUGGAACAAGGCGUGCCGUCUGAUUUGUGAUUGAGGGGUGUUUACAUGGAGGCAGCGGCGAAGGUUGGUCGGCUCACACGGAGCAGCCUGCAGGCGGCUUCCUGCCCGGCUGUGAACGGCGGCGUGGUCGUCUUCUUCGCCGCGGUUGUCGCCGGAGCUCUCGUCUCCGCUUCCUGGAUGUCUACGGGCGCCAGGUUUCAGGUCACUUCGAUCCCUAUGAUCGCCACCCGGAACAUGGCACAGCAUGCGGCAGCGAGUCCGGAACCAGAGCCGACUCUGCCACGCCUCGGCAAUCUCGCGCCCCCACCACGGCAACCGCCACCGCCAGCACCUGCCCCGGCGCCGGACGCCGCCGCGGCAGCGUCGCCGUCGUCCUCCUGCCCGGCAUACUUCCGGUGGAUCCACGAGGACCUGAGGCCGUGGCGGGACGCGGGGAUCACGCGCGAGGCGGUGGACGGCGCCGCCCGCCGGUACGGCGCCAAGUUCCGCGUCACCGUGGUCGCGGGGCGCCUCCACGUCGCGCGCUACGGGCGGUGCUUCCAGACGCGGGACAUGUUCACGCAGUGGGGCGUCCUGCAGCUGCUCCGCCGCUACCAGGGCCGCGUCCCCGACCUCGACCUCAUGUUCGACUGCCAGGACCUGCCGGUCGUCAACGCCGGCGACCGCCGCGGCCGGACAUCUUCUUCGCCGCCGCCGCUGUUCGGCUACUGCGGCAGCGAGCCCACGCUGGACAUCGCCUUCCCUGACUGGUCGUUCUGGGGUUGGCCGGAGCUUAACAUAAAGCCAUGGGAGACGCUGCGAGGCGAGAUAGCCGACGGGAACGCCGCGGUGAACUGGACGGGCAGGGCGCCGUACGCGUACUGGAAAGGGAACCCGACGGUGGGAGCCGAUCGCCGGAAUCUCCUCAGGUGCAACGCGUCCGGGAAACGUGACUGGAACGCGAGGAUAUACGAGCAGGAUUGGAGGAAGGAGGUGCGAGACGGGUUCAGGGAAUCAGACCUGGCAAAACAGUGCACUCACAGGUACAAGAUUUAUAUCGAAGGAAGGGGCUGGUCAGUGAGCGAGAAGUACAUCCUGGCCUGCGACGCGGUGGCGCUGAUCGUGCGGCCGAGGUACCACGACUUCUUCUCGAGGGGGCUGAUGCCGUUGCAGCACUACUGGCCCAUCCCCGGCGGCGGCCGCGGCAUGUGCCGGUCGAUCAAGUUCGCCGUCGACUGGGGCAACGCUCACGCCGACAAGGCACAGGAAAUAGCCGGGAACGCGACCAGGUUCAUCCAAGAGGAUCUAACGAUGGACCGUGUCUACGACUACAUGUUUCACCUUCUGACAGAGUACGCUAAGCUGCUCAAGUACAAGCCCACGGUGCCUGACAGAGCCGUCGAGGUCACCGUGGAGUCCAUGACGCGCGGCCGGCGGGGACUGGAGAGGCAGUUCAUGGUGGACACCAUGGUGGAAGCUGGUUCGGGCACCGGAGAGCCCUGCGAGCUGCCGCCGCCUUUCAGCUCUGAAGAACUGGAGACGCUGAGGAGAAGACAGGCGGAUGCGGUGAGACAGGUCGAGACGUGGGAGAAGCGAUGACAGGUUCACGUGACCAGUGACGAAAUGUAAUAAGGAUGGCAAACCUCUCUGGUGACAUCAAUACAUCACAGAUUAAUAGCCUCAUAGGUUGGGUUUUGUUCGAAUAGCAAAAUACAGAAUUUUGAAAGUAAAUACUAAAAUUCGUCAUUCAUAGUCAAAAGGGAGGAAUUUUAAUUUUUUUUAGCACAUGUAGCUUGAAAUGAAAAUCCGUUAGUGAAAUUACUUGGAACACACAAAAUCAUCAUCGUUUAUACUUUUCAUGUUCAUUAAUUUA